GUUUGUGUGUGUGUGUGUGUGUGUGUGUGUGUGUGUGUGUGUGUGUGUGUGUGUGUGUGUGUGUGUGUGUGUGUGUGUGCGUCUGUCUGUGAGUGUGUGUGUGUCUGUCUGUGUGUGUCUGUCUGUGUGUGUGUGUGUGUCUGUCUGUGAGUGUGUGUGUGUCUGUCUGUGUGUGUCUGUCUGUGUGUGUGUGUCUGUGUGCGUCUGUGUGUGUCUGUGUGUGUGUGUGUGUGUGUGUGUGUGUGUGUGUCUGUCUGUGAGUGUGUGUGUGUCUGUGUGUGUGUGUCUGUGAGUGUGUGUGUGUCUGUCUGUGUGUCUGUGUCUGUGUGUGUGUGUCUGUGUGCGUCUGUGUGUGUGUGUCUGUGUGUGUGUGUGUGUGUGUGUGUGUCUGUGUGUGUGGAGGUGAAACCAAAGAGGAAGACUUUCACAAAUACACACACACACACGCACACACACAUUUCCCUUUCAUCAGCAGAGUGUGUGUUUGAUGUCGUGCAGCUGCCACACCACCACCUCCCCAUCGUCAUCAUCAUCAUCAUCAUCAUCAUCUUCACUUGUUCGAGGGAACCAGCAGCAGAUCCAAACUUCAGCUGACAUUUGAAAUACGGGAAGUCAGACGGGACAAACUGAGCUGCUGUCAACGUCCACAGAGCAGAAGUACAGAGCAGGAACAACGAGGCGUUUGAGGAACUGUCAGCUUAGAAGAAAAAGAAGAUGAACAACACCAACCAAUCAGAUUACAGCGACAGCGACUACAUUGAUUAUGACUACGACCUGGUUGGACCUUGUUCUCACCAGAACAACCAGAGUGUGGAGCUGGUGGUCGGCCCGUACAUCCACUCCAUCAUCUGCAUCCUGGGCUUUGUUGGGAACUGCCUGGUGAUCGUCACUUACGCCUUCUACAAGAGGACCAAAUCCAUGACCGACGUCUACCUGCUCAACGUGGCCAUCGCAGACCUGCUGUUCGUGGCGUCGCUGCCUCUCAUCGUCUACAACGAGCUGUCGUCAUGGUCGAUGGGGCCGGUGGCCUGCAAGCUGCUGCGCGGCUCCUACAGCGUGAACCUGUACAGCGGCAUGCUGCUGCUCGCCUGCAUCAGCACCGACCGCUACAUCGCCAUUGUCCAGGCCCGCCGCAGCUUCAGGCUGCGCUCGCUGCCGUACAGCGCCAUCUGCACCAUCGUUUGGGCCGCCGCCUUACUGCUGUCCUUCCCCACCUUCUACUUCUACAACUGGUACGAACCGUCCCACAGCAAGGACGCCUUCAUGGACGAGGGCGAGGACACCAACCAGACGUCCAGGCCUCCAGCUUACGUCUGGUUCAAGUUCAUGGACAACAGCACGGCCUGGAAGACAAAGGUAGCUGUCCCCAGCACCCAGCUGGCCGCAGGCUUCUUCCUGCCACUGCUCGUCAUGGUCUUCUGCUACACCGCCAUCAUUGUCACGCUGCUGAAAGCCAAAAACUUCCAGCGGCACAAGGCAGUGCGGGUGGUUUUCGCCGUGGUGGCGGUGUUCAUCGUCUGCCACCUGCCCUACAACAUCACGCUGCUCUACGAGACUGCAGUCAUGUUCGAGCUGCAGACGUGUGAAGACUCGGACAUCCUGCAGAUGGUCAAGACGGUGACGCAGAGCAUCGCCUACCUGCACUGCUGCCUGAACCCGGUGCUUUACGCCUUCGUGGGGGUGAAGUUCAGGAACCACUUCAGGAGGAUCGUCCAGGACCUGUGGUGUCUGGGGAAGAGGUACAUCGCCCCACGCCGCUUCUCCAGGGUCACCUCCGAGGUCUACGUGUCCACCCGCCGCUCAGUGGACGGAUCCAGUGAAAACGGUUCAUCUUUCACCAUGUGAGGACGCCCAGCAGAUUCAGCCGGGAACGUCUGGAGCUGAGCCUGAGGCCUGCCGUUCUCUGAAGGUCCAAACCGGACUCAGUUUGUUCUCGUGUUUUUUCAAGCUUCAGGCUCAGUCAGAAGAUCAGGAGAGAAAUCUGACAGCUUUAAAAAUUUUUAAAAUACCAGACGUCUCAUGUUUUGUUUGUAAAUGUGAAAUCCUGCAAAGUUUUACGUCCUCAGGAUUAAAAAACUGUAGAAAUGAAACAACCUGAGAAGGAAACGUGAUCAGCUAGAGACGACGCUGUGACUAAACAUCGCUUUGCUUUAAAGAGUCCAGAAACUAAAAAGUUAAAGAUUUAUUUGUUUACCAGCUGUUUCUCAAGUCGACACUGUGUGACUCUCUUCAAUAUGAUUUCUGUAUCCUACUGACUUUUUGUAAAGGACCUGAUCUCAGCAGGUCAUCGGUCUAAGUGUUACCUUCAGAUUCUGAACCUUCACAUUUAACGUUCAGGAAACAUGAAGGUUUUGGUUCAGUGUUGAAAAGGUCGAAAGGUCAAAAAGCCCUGUGUCGUGUUUAAGUCGGUUUUUACUUUUUCCAUAUUGAUCUAAAGGUUGGCACGGUGGUGCAGUGGUUAGUGCUGUCGCCUCACAGCAAGAGGGUUCGAGCCCAGUGUGGGGGAGCUCGUCUGUGCUCCCACAUGUUCUCCCCGUGUCAGCGAGUCGGCGGUGUGGCGCAACACGUUCUCAACCCAACUCAUCAGAUAGCGCUGCUCUGUCAGUGAGCCGACACGUCAACAUAAGAUGCUCUAGGUUUCCUCCUGCGUCGGUGGGCGACAUUCAGGGACAGUCUGUCAGUUUGUGCUUGUUACAUGCAUCAUGUCUUUUCAAA